AGAGUGCACCACGUAGCGCGAGCACGAACCAGUCCAUAAUAUGUCACAAUGGAGCAGAAAAAGAGACUCAAAUUUGACCAUAAUAUCCUGGAACAACUUCAGCAAAGCAACUCCAUUAUCGCGUAAACCAUUUUAAACAAGACGAAUCUUGACUGGAUGCAUUGAAAUCGCCAUCGUGUUGCCCGGGACGGGUCUUUUCAGCGCGAUUGGACGCAUAGCUAGCAAGCACGUCCGUGUGGUCUCGCAAGCGCUUGGAGGAAGGAGCCCUCGGCAAACGAGGGAAAAAGACGACGGGAAAAUUAGCGAUAACGAAAACAUGAUGAACACAGAUGGAAACGGUAGUGAUCCAGAGGAUAUGGACACCAAAGAAGAUGUUGGAAGUGAUACGACGAUGGCCACGAACGGUUCUAACUCACCCAAACAAGCGGAUGAUGUUGCGAUGGAGGAGGAUACCGCCAGACCCGAAGGGACAAUUCGUUUCACUCUUCCAAACUUUAGCAAAAUGGAUAAGACAAUUUUGAGUGAUCCCAUUUACGUGAGAAAUUUGCCCUGGCGUAUAAUGUUGAUGCCGAGGUACUCUUCACAUGGACACGAGCGGGUUAAAAGCCUGGGUUUCUUCUUGCAGUGCAACCCAGAGACAGAGACCUUGUCAUGGUCAUGCCAGGCAUCUGCUCGACUUACUCUUGUCAGUCAGAAAGAAGGAGUGGAGGACUUUUCCAGGAAAAUUUCCCAUCUCUUCUUUGCCAAGGAGAAUGACUGGGGAUUUAGUCAUUUCGUUGCUUGGAGUGAUGUUCUUGACCCCAGUAAGGGCUAUAUCUCUAAGGACUCCAUCACAGUAGAGGUGUAUGUUUCAGCUGAUGCACCUCAUGGUGUCGCUUGGGAUUCCAAAAAGCAUACAGGAUAUGUUGGUCUGAAAAACCAGGGUGCAACAUGCUACAUGAAUUCCCUGCUGCAAACCCUGUACUUCACCUGUGCGCUACGCAAGGCGGUGUACCAAAUGCCUACUGAGAAUGACGACCUUGGAAAAAGUGUUGCAUUUGCUUUGCAAAGAGUUUUCUAUGAACUGCAGCACAGUGAUAAAGCAGUUGGCACCAAGAAGCUUACAAAGUCUUUUGGUUGGGAAACACUGGACAGCUUCAUGCAACAUGAUGUCCAAGAGCUGUGUCGGGUGUUACUUGACAAUAUGGAGAGCAAAAUGAAAGGAACUUGUGUAGAGGGCACUAUACCAAGAUUACUAGAGGGAAAACUUUUUUCCUACAUCAAGUGUACCAAAGUUGAUUAUGUUUCCACAAGACUAGAGCCGUUCUAUGACAUCCAGUUGAAUGUAAAAGGCAAAAAGAAUAUCCAUGAUUCAUUUAAAGAAUACUGUGCUUCUGAACUGUUGGAUGGUGACAAUAAAUAUGAUGCUGGUGAACACGGACUGCAGGAAGCCAAAAAGGGGGUCAUGUUCAAGAAGUUUCCACCAGUCCUUCAUCUCCAGCUUAUGAGAUUCCAGUAUGACCCUGUAGCUGAUGCAAAUGUGAAAAUUAAUGACAGAUAUGAAUUUUAUGAUAAGAUUGACCUUGAUCGAUACCUGCAAGAACCUGAAGACACACCCGCUGUGUAUACUCUUCAUGCUGUUUUAGUACACAGUGGAGAUAAUCAUGGUGGUCAUUAUGUUGUAUAUAUAAACCCAAAAGGCGACGGCAGGUGGUGCAAGUUCGAUGACGAUGUGGUUUCAUUGGCAACCAAACAAGAAGCAAUUGACAAUAACUUUGGAGGUUAUGAGGAUGAUGUCACUGUUAAACACUGUACUAAUGCGUAUAUGCUGGUCUAUAUAAGAGAUAGUCAUAUCAAUGAAAUUUUAGAAGAAGUAACUAAUAAUGAAAUUCCUGACACGCUGGUGUCGAGGUUACAAGAGGAGAGGAGACUUGAAGUGCAAAGAAGAAAAGAAAGGACAGAAGCUCAUUUGUAUAUAACUGUAGAGGUUGUUACAGAAGACCAAUUUUGUGGUCAUCACGGAUCAGAUUUGUUUGAUUUUGAAAAGGUUAAAACAAAACACUUCAAGGUUCUUAAAUCACUGAAAAUGCAAGAAGUUCUCCAGGUUCUUGCGGACGGAAUUGGGUAUCCUGUGGAUCAGAUUCGCCCAUGGCCCUUGCAGCAGCGCAGCAAUGGGACCACAAGACCGGCCGUGUUCGACAUGGAGAGUGAUAUAGAUAAGCCUAUCGGACAACUCGUGGAUGCCUCCUCCUGGGUGAUAUUCCUCGAGACUGUAGAUCCAGAGAACGGGACUGCACCCUUACCAAGCUAUGACAAAAAGGGUGAUGUUCUGCUAUUCUUCAAGUACUAUGACCCUGCACAGCGAGUCUUGGCACUUGUCGGACAUCUCUAUGUGCCGCUUGUUACAAAGUUCUCGGAAUUAAUGCCAUACCUGUGCGAAAAAGCUGGGUUGCCGCAAGGGACACCCCUUUUUAUGUUUGAGGAGGUUAAAAUUAACUACGCUGAGCAAAUCCGGGACACAAGUCUGACCAUCGAGCAUGGAGUAGAGGAACUAAUGGAUGGAGACAUUAUCUGCUACCAGAGAAGUGAUGACGAGUUGUUGGAAACAAGUGAGCUCCCAACGGUCAUAGAGUAUUUCAGGGACCUUCACCACCGAGUGGAGGUUCUAUUCUGUAACAAGAAUCAGCCCGACGAUCCUGGCUUCACUGUGGUUCUCUCCCAGCGCAUGAACUAUACGCAGGUUGCCAAGGCGGUCGCUACGCAUCUUGAGGUCGACCCAAUGAAACUCCAGUUCUUUAAGGGACAGAUUUACCGUGACGCGCCAGGGAAUGCGUUACGGUGUACGUUUGAAGGUACGUUGCGUGACCUGCUAAUCUAUUACAAGCCGCGAGGACCCAAGAAGCUGUUUUACCAAAUUCUGAGCAUUCCCAUCAACCAGCUGGAGAAUAAGAGACAGUUUAAGUGCAUCUGGCUCAACGACAGCAAGGAGGAACAAGAACUAGUGCUAUGGCCUAACAAGGAGGCAACAGUAGGCGACCUUCUUGAGGAAGCCAAAUCCCACGUGGAUUGCACGUCAACAGGCAAAUUGCGUCUUCUAGAGAUCAUCAGUGCCAAAGUGUUCAACACGAUUAACAACGACGUACCGCUAGAACAUCUCGUCAGCCAGGGACAAAGGAUCUUUAGAAUCGAGGAGAUCCCUUCAGAUGAAAUAGACCUGAAAACAGACGAAAUUUUAAUACCUGUGGCGCACUUCAACAAGGAGGUCUACCAGACGUUCGGCACUCCCUUCCUUGUGCGCGUCUCUGAUGGAGAAUCUAUUUCCAAUUUACGAGAUCGCGUCAAAGCCAAAGUGGAUAUCAUAGACAAGGAGUUUGAUAAGAUUAAACUUGCAAUUGUCCACAUGGGGCGAGUGAAUUAUCUUCCUGACGAAUUGGAUAAAGUAAUUUCUAUAAAGGACUUCCAACCACAGAUAACUACAAAUUCACAACAAAUCGGCAAACCUUGGCUUGGCCUUGAUCAUGUGAACAAAGCUCCCAAGCGCACACGGUACAAUUAUCUGGAAAGACCAAUCAAAAUCCACAACUGAAGCAUGUGACAGUCUCCUCGCCCUAGGCCCGCUGUGGAUGCCGGCCGAGACUCGGCCCAGCACCAGAAUCGACAGAGUCGUAUUGGUUGCACGUUUUAUACUAAAAUUUGAACGUUUUUACUUGGUGUAGAAUGUAAAAUAAGAGUAUUAAUGUUUGUGUAUUCAGCUUCUCUUUAAAUGUCUUUGUUUGCGCUUUGUACAAAGUCGUCUAGAUUGCCGCACUGGCUCGGUUAUCUCUUAUAUAAAUAUCUUUCUGUGAUAUACUUAAAAUUAAACCAAACUUUAUGUA